AUGUAUAAGGAGAGCAGAACCGAAUUGAUGAGCUGGGAUAUAUUAGCGGGGAUAAUUGGAACAGGGACUCCAGAAGUGACCCAGUCGUACCGAGAAUUUCGCAAGACUACAAUCAGACAAUAUGGUUCUAUUGACAAUUAUGUACGAGAAGUUAUUUUACGAGUGCCUGCAACGAAAAACACUACAGCUGCUUCAGCCUCGCCUUCGUCUGCAUCACAACAUCUGCCUUCAUCCGAGUAUAUUAUACGGAAGAAUGAUUUUCCAUACGCAUUAGAACAGGGAAUAGAACAUUGGGUAAUAUGGUCACUGAAGGAGAUGACGCAUGAUGAGGUGGAAGAAGCACUGAGAAGAACGUUCAACGAAAAGGAACGGAUGUUCGUUAUUAAUCCCGCGCAUUUACAAAGCGUUGGGGGUGUAUGGCAUGGACAUAUUUUUACCAGAGAUAAUGAUAGCGAAAUGUUAGUUCUUAUUGAUCACUUUCUAUGGUUCGAAUUCUUUGCCUCUCGGUACUAUAAAUUCGUGGAGGUUGCUUCGUUCUUUGGAAUAUGCGUAUGGUUGAUACCUUUUGCAUAUUUCAUUUCUCUAAGUGCUAACGAUAAUGCGUUGCCCUCGUUCGACCCCAACGUUCAUAAUAUCGAUGCGAUUCCGGCACGGAACAGAGCGGGUUUGCUGAAAAAGGCGAUCAAUUUCGUUCUUCAAAAGAAAGGUGAAUUGAUUCCAACAGCCACACCGUCAUCAAGCAGCUUUGAGGCACGAAAGUUACUUUGA